AUGGCUGACGGUGCCGUUGCUCCUAGCCCCUGUGGUGCCAUUGCUCCUAGCCCCUGCGGUGCCAUUGCUCCUAGGCCCUGCGGUCGGCCACAGGAGACCGAAGCCAUGACUGAGACGCAGAUCUGUCAGGUCUGUAGCGCCUAUGACCCUGUGAUUACUGCACCUUCCUUUCUUGUGACCAUCUUCCUAGUUCCAUCUCUGGCCCUGGUGAACACCAGUGACAGUCAUUCUCUGGAUGGCUUUGUGGGGACCCAGGCCAUCCAUGUUGAUGUCCUCCGAGGUCUGGUCAGCAUCCAAGACAACAAUGUUCUGAGCGAAUGGAACGGAAUUGUGGACUACAAGAAUGCCCUCCUGGUAGCUAAGCUGUUUAGUAAGAUGGCCUGUGUCCUGGCCAAGAUGGACCUGACAGUCUUCCCAAGUUUGGAUGAUAUUACCCAGGCUCUGGGCACACAGGAUUCCGGUCACUACCCACCCACCCGCGGACUGACCUACACGGUUUUACCCAGCCGAGUCAAAAACUUGGCCCAGUACGGAGUGCCUGUCCAGGACCUGUGCAGAGCAGUCCCCGCCUACUUUGCCCAGCAGCAAAAAGAAGGUUCCGCCCUGGACAUGGACCCAGAAUCCUGUUCUGAGCUCCAGUUUCUCUCCUUCAUGGGACUGUCCAUCUGUGGUGAGAUCCCUGGGCUCUGA